AUGCAAGUAUUAUCUCAAAUUCAUCCUAGUGUCACAUCGACAAUAAAUAAUUAUUCAAAUGAAACAUUACUAUUAUCGCUACACGAUAUUAAUAUCAAUGCACAAGCUCGACCAUUAGUUUUGGCUAUUUUAAUUGCUAUUCCCCUAUCGAUUAUUAUUCUUUUAACUAUACUUGGUAAUAUAUUAGUUUUGAUUGCAAUAUGCAUUGAUUUUGCACUUCGUUCGCCUACACAUUUACUAAUGGGGAACUUAGCAUGCGCCGAUCUUUUACUAGGCAUUACAGUUCUGCCAUUUUCAAGUACGCUUGAAGUUUUCAAUGGGCGGUGGCUUUUUGGUCGAACAUUUUGUCAUAUAUGGUUAGCUAUUGAUGUUCUCUAUUGUACAGCUAGUAUUUAUGGAUUAAUGUUUAUAUCGAUUGAACGUUAUUUUGGUGUAACAUGCCCAUUACGUUAUCCAAUUAUAAUUACACAUCGUCGCACAAUCUAUGCUAUACUUAUAGCAUGGUUUGUUGCUGCUCUUAUAUCAAUAGCACCAUUUUUAGGUUGGCACAAUAAAGUUAAAUCGACUGCUCAGACGUGUGAAGUUAACGAUGAUUUAUUUUAUGUUUUAUUUUCCUGCUCAUUCUCAUUUUAUAUUCCAUUGGUUAUUAUUCUUUGUGUGUAUGGGCGAAUUUACGGUGAAGCUACUCGACAAUAUCAAUUUUUAACCGGUGGACAAAAACAAGUUCAUUUAAAACAAACUCUCGGACAAGAAACAGUUACAUUGCGUAUACAUUUACCGAAAAAAUUAGCAUCAACAGCAGCUUCAAUGGCAAAUGGUCAUUCGGGACGAUCAAAAACUUGUAAAAAUGAAUUAGCAACACAAGUGGCAGCAACUGGCACAAAUAAAUUUUCAAGAAUGAAACGAGAACGAAAAGCUGCGAAAACAUUAGGAAUUGUUGUUGGAAUGUUUAUUUUAUGUUGGUCACCAUUUUUUCUACUAUUACCAAUUAAAGCACUGACAUCUACUGAUCCGGGUGUUAUUUUCUCAAUUUGUUUUUGGUUAGGCUAUUGUAAUUCAUGUUUUAAUCCAUUUAUAUACGCCUUUUCUAGUCGAGAAUUUCGCAAAGCAUUUAAAUCAAUUUUGAAAUGUGAACGUAUGAAACGACAUAAACUAUCACUCAGUUCCUAUCGAAUAUCAACAGCCGCAAGAGAUCAGUCGUGCAGAAAACGAUCGAAUAGUUGGGGUAUGAGUGGUUCACAUUCUGUGCUUCGAUCAUCAUCAUCAACAUCAACUCGUCGAACAUUGAGCGAUACUCAAAGACGCUCUAGACCAUCGAUAGCAUAUCGUAAUAGUAUAAAUAAUUCUCAUCGAAUAUCUCGACAGGAAAGUAUUACGAAUACGAAUAUUUCAAAAUCAAAAUUAGCAACCAAUAAUACAAGUCCAUGGCAUCUUCGAACAGCAACCAAUGUCAGAUUGUUAUAA